CAAAAUAAUGUGGGUUGGAGCACAAAAAAAGAGCUAAAAAUGGGUAAAUGGCUUUUUAGCUCUAAGGUUGGAGUUAGUUACGAUGAUGAGAAGCUGGAUUCAUGGAGCAGCAGAAACUUAGUUUCCAAGGCAAGAAAACAAUUAUCCUACUACAUGAAUCAUGUACAAAUCCAAAUGGUACUCUAUGAUACAAGAUCCGCAUAGCCAUUCAUGCAAAUGUCCAAAGUGGGUUUUUUGCCUUGGAUCUUCCAUCAUUUCCCAUCGUUUUUGUCCUUUUGGACAUUUACCAACCCAUAUGCUGCUUUUAUCAGCAUAAACUAUGUAUUUCUUUGUGCAUAUCAAUUUUUUUCUGUCUUCUAGCUACCUAGUUUCCAACAUCAAUAAGGAUUACCUACCAAGUCCAGGACAUUACUCAGGCCAACACAGAGAUAAAAGUUGCAAGCUAGGUAUCAGAUAAGGACCAAGACAACCAUGGAACUCGAAUCCGGACACUUGAAAUGGCACGGAAAUGUGAGUGCAAUCGUGGAUGCAACUAUAGACAAAGUCUGGGCCAUGGUUUCACAGACCAAGAGACUGCCAGAGUGGAUGCCAAUGGUUGAAAGGUGCACAGACCUUGCUGGGGAAGAAGGUCAGGUGGGUUAUGUCCGGUUAGUGUCUGGAUUCAUGUUCCCUCAAGAAGAUGGUGAAAGGUCAUGGAUCAAGGAGAAGUUGAUCUCCAUUGAUCCAUCAUCCCACAGCUAUGCUUACAAGAAGGAAGCCAGCAAUGUUGGGUUGGACGGUUCUGUGAACAAGCUCAAGCUUGUCGAUUAUGGGAACCAUGGAUCAAGUACACUAGUUGUGUGGUCAUUUGAGAUAGAUCCUCUGGAAGGUGUAUCUCAAGAUGACAUUAUAGACUUCUUGGGGUUUGUUUACAAAUCUUCCAUUGCUAGGAUUGGUAAUGCCAUUCAAUCUGGAGCAGACAUAGUCUGAGCAAUAGCCAAACAAGAAAUCACAUCUUCCUUGUGCUUUUUACUGGUUUACUCAUCAUUCGAGUCGCUCUGCACACAUGUCAGACUUCUGGGUUCGUGUUUCAAACAGGCCGAGCACAAUACAUUAAUGAGAAUUAUGUUCUGUAUAUAUUUCCAUAAACAGUGAUAUCUCAUGACAACAGGUGCAUGUUGUUUCAUGAACUUGUGUUUGUUGGAUGUCCUGGGAAAAAAAGGCAAAGCCCUUGGAGGAGAAAACGUGUUAGAAGGUGCAGAGAAGUGUAUAAAGUUUAUAAGCCAAAAACAGUGGAUCCUGAAAGCCAUUUCCUAACCACAACAUCUGUAUUUUUGGCACCUUUUAAUUUCUUUUUCUGUUUUCUUUUCCUCACUACCCCUUAUGGAUCAUUACUUGCCACCUCAAUCCCCAUCUAAUGUCUGCUUUCAAUUCAUAGGCUUCUGGAAGUGUAGGUUUCUUUUCCAGAAUUUUGCACUCAGGCAAAUGAAAACAUACACAUGUGUACAAAUAAAUAGAAUGAAAUAGACUUUUGAGU